UUUCACACUUCAAAAUAUUUCCCAUUCAACAUAAGACUUUGGCAUACAAAAUUUUGCUUUUAGAAAGUUAAUCAAGGCUGCUAAGCUACUAUAUUGUUAUUAUUAUUAUUAUUAUUAUUAUUAUUAUACAUACACACAUUUUUCUGGGUUUUGCUUGAAUUAAAAAUAUAACAAUAUAUAUAUAUAGUGAUGAAGAAAGUUGUUCAAAGAGAUGAUAUUAUUGAUGAUGAUCAUGAGAAAAGGUUUGCUCUUCUUCUAGCUGCAAGGGACUCAGAAUACGUGAAAAAUAUGUAUGGAGGUUACUUUAAUGUGUUCAUGGCUGCUUUUGGAGAAGAAGGAGAAAGAUGGGACCUGUUUAGGGUUGUGGAGGGAGAGUUUCCUGAGUUGGAGGAGUUGGAUAGCUAUGAUGGCUUCGUUGUCAGUGGCAGUCCCUACGAUGCUUAUGCCAAUGAGCCUUGGAUUCUCAAGCUUUGCUCUCUCUUGCAGACUUUGGACUCCAUGGCCAAGAAAGUUCUUGGUAUUUGCUUUGGUCAUCAGGUGAUAUGCAGAGCAUUGGGAGGGAAGGUAGGGAAAGCUAAUAGUGGGUGGGAUUUGGGGAUAAGAAAGGUGGAGAUAACAAAGGAUUUGGUGCCAUUAAUAAGCAGCUAUGUAGAAGAACUGGAAUUGGAUGAUAUCCCUGCUGCUCUUUCCAUCGUAGAAUGCCACCAAGAUGAGGUUUGGGAGGUCCCUUUGGGUGCCAAUGUAAUAGCACAUUCAGACAAAACUGGGGUAGAAAUGUUCACCAUUGAAGACCAUAUUCUUGGAAUUCAAGGUCACCCUGAAUACACCAAAGACAUUCUCAAUAACAUCAUUGAUCGCCUCCUCAACAAUCAUUCCAUUGAGAGGGGUUUUGCUGAAGAUGCAAAGUUCUUGUUGCAAAUAGCUGAGCCAGAUAGAAAGUGCUGGGAAACGAUCUGCAGAAAUUUUCUCAAAGGAAGAUAACAUUCACUUAAUUUUUUUCUGGUUAAUUUUUAUUAUUUAUUCUCUAACUUUGGACAAACACAACAUGGUCAGCAUUAAGAUAGAAAUGGUGACAAGCACUGUACCUUCUGUUGAUUCCUUAAGGCAAAUGCAAUGUAAUAAAAGAUAAAACAUUUAUUCCUACCUCGUGUUUUUUAUGUGGGCAUUGUCAUACAUAUACAGCAAGUUGAAGAAUAUUUAGUAUUUUGAUGCCAUUCCACCAA